UAGAAGGGAAAGGUACGGAUCUCGCAUAGAUUGGGCGCAGGAAAUUAAGAAAACUUUGCAGGGACACGACGUGACGACGGACGGCGAGAUGGAUACGCGCUGCGAGGCGGAGAACUUGAAGGGGCUGACCGGCGUGUCACCGUUUCCGCUGGAUCCAGGCCUCGCUCCGCUGCUGCUGUUCGACGACCAACAUGACGGCGAGGCAAGCGACGACGACACCAUAUUCCUGUAUAGCAUCCCUAAGAGGCAGUUGCUGGGCAGGAGAGCCGAUGGUUUCGGAGGCCAUCGUUACUGGCUAACACCACAAGGAUGGGCACUGAUGCUGCAUCUGGAAUCGCACAAGUCUUUCCUCUGGAACCCAUCAACCCUCGAGAGAAUCAGCUUACCUCUAGAUCAAGAGAAUCUUCUCCAAGCCGCACAAAGCAGAGGAAACCAAUGGUUCAAGCACGAGCACGAGCAUGGGAAAAGCUUCAAUGAAGGUCUUACCACGCUUGGUGGCAAGUUCUACGCAUACGACCCCUUUAAACGUCAGAUUGUCGCACUGGAGUUCUCACCAUACCCAAAGUUCAGCACACGCGGCAAGCUGGAAGAUCCUUCCCCAGUCGGGUAUACCAUGUUUGAUUGCGGCAUCUUAGAGUGCCGCGGAGAGCUGUUUGUUCUAAGCUUUUGUUACCACGGGAUAUCUGUCCGGCAUAUCGCGCGAAUUGUUGUGCACAAGUUGGAUGUCUCCAAUGGAGCUUGGCUGAAGGUGGACACGCUCGGCGACAUGGUGAUUUUCUACGAUAGUUGCCGCGGUUACGGAGCAUCGUUCCAUGCACGCCAGCUCGGUCUAAGAAAAGGGGACUGCAUAUACUUUUUGAUGUCCGAUGACAAGGCGUUGUACGUGUAUGAUAUGAAACGAGGAACAACUGCUAUGCACAAUCCUGGACCCAGCCUUCGAGAUUCUCUUGUACCUCAGUUUUUAUUGCCUUCGGCUUCGAUUUGAGGCCUAUUCAGCACAACCAUCUAUUCGAGAUUCAAUUCAGACUUUGGUCCUUGACGUGAGGCAGGUCUUUAGGCCAACCUAUUCCAUUUCUCUUUUCAAAAAAGAGGUCAAGUCUCCGGCCUCUGUAUCAUACACAACCAUUUUAAUUUCUUUAUUAAAGCAAGUAUCCAACAUCCAUCAACCUUUUAAAGGGGUCGUAUUUUGCCUUC